AUGAACGGCUUGAUUUUCACAGCUCUAGGAGCGCCUGAUCUUCCCACCGUACAGAGUUCUACCUUACAUCUGCUCCCCACCAUGGGUGGUGCUUCGUCGCGUCCGCCACCCCCGCCCCGCGUUGCCAAAACGUUGACAUCGGCGACCGUGUGGGUUCAACACCUCCCGCCAAUCAUUUCAGAAGACGCCCAAAAGGCGAUUCACUCCGCCAUCCAAUUGCGAAACCGCUAUCUGGCUGGCGAUGAGACAGGCUCAGGGCCGCUGGCGGUGGCUUCGCUCGUGGAGAGAUUUGAUACAUUGAUUGAAGAAGCUCGCGAAACCGCCAACAUCCGGGACUUUGUUGCUCUCGCCAUCGAAUCAACGAUACUCGGUCUAGCAAUAGAUUCUGGGCCACCCUCAAAAGGCCUUUUGGAUGUUGCUCGGGCCGUCAAUCCCUUUCUCAAUGAUCAUGAUGUCGCAACUGAGCUAGGAGAAGGUUCAAGGAGCACCAGCUGCUUGCCCACUCCAUUUCGGCAGUCUGACUUGGCCUUUAUUGACGAGCCCGAGAAAGAUCUGUUAGUCCUACUACACUACUGCGAUGCUGUCAAUCUCAAGGGCUCCCCGGAUGAGACAGUGGCUCAGGUCUCAAAAAUGGCGGACAAGUACGGAGUCAUCAAGGAUCUGGAUCUUCGCAAAGAGUUGAUCCCGGAAAUCGAGAUUUACAUCCACUGGACGAUAAUGUACUCGGUAUCCAAUCUCUCGACUUUCAUACCGCUUGCUGCUCUUUCUUCGGCUUCCACAACGAAAAUCGAGUUCGAGAAAAGCAUUCAGAUGAGUCGCCUGUUGACUAUCUGCGAGAUGCUGAUCAAAGAUUCAAGAAGCGACCAGCGCGAUAUCACCACCAUGCGCGAGACCUACUACAUCUGGCUAUUGUUAGCUGCAUGCGCAGGCGCUCAGUUGAUUCUUCCAUGGACGACCGACUUCCCCGACACAUACCUAGAUAUCGGGCCAGAUGGCCCUUGGCAAGCAGUUAUCGCCACAAUCAACAACACAAGAAUACCCCUUUGGCCCAGUGGCUCCGGUGUUACUGAGCUUCUGACGGCAGACCUUAAUGGUACAUACACCCCCAGCGAAGUUUCCAACAAGACAGGCAAGACAAGAAGAAACGCCGAUACCUGGAUGAGUUCACCGUUUCUCCACGGCGGCUUCAGCGGCACCGAGUACUACGACAAGCUAGUUGUAGAGACGAAAGUCAGCACCGGAAGGGAACUCGGCGUGAAUGCGACAAUCAUCGCUGCCGACGAGUGGCGGAGUACAGGUGACGGAGAAAACGCCGCACCACAGGUCGGGCUUCUUGGCCUCGGUCAACAACUUUCAAGAGGUGAUGAUAAGACGGUCGGAUCAAUGUUGGAACAACUGAAAGCAGCCGGCGACAUCGACAGGGCAGCCUGGAGCGUCCAUAUGGGCAGUGCGGCACUGGACCUCGCCGGAUCACUCGUGCUCGGCGGCUACGAGCAGAAUCGAGCCCUUGGAGACGUUGGGACCUUCGCGCUUAAUCAAGGCAUACCAUCCGUCUUCCUCCGAGAUGUGUUUAUGGGAACUGAAGCUGGAGCACCCUCGUCAUUCCCGGCAUCACAGAAUGGAUCUUUCUGGGUUGAACCUACAGAUCAAGCUGUGGGGGUCACCAAGGCUUACGGAGGCCCUGAGGGAUCAGCUGUCGUAAUCCCAAAUCCAGUGUCGCCAUACAUCUAUCUUCAGCCAGGAGUCUGCGAAGCGAUUGCUGGGAACCUCGGUUUGAAGUACCACAACAGCACAGGCCUUUAUCUCUGGGAGUCGAAUCGAAACGGUUCGGUCCGCGACUUCAUCAACUCGCCAUCCUACCUGGGCUUUGUCUUCUCAGACAAGGCCGCGACGAACCUCACAAUCAAAGUGCCAUUCAAGCUUCUUCACCUCACACUGCAGCCGCCAUUGGUUGAGAGUGAGGUCAAUUACUUCCCAUGCAAGUCGGUCAACGCAUCAGGGACUGGGCUGUGGCAACUUGGUCGCGCGUUCUUGCAAGCUGCCUUUUUCGCUGUCGAUUAUGACGGUGGAGUCUCAUACAUGGCGCAAGGCCCGGGUCCUGGCGUUGAGCAGAGCGUCAUCCAAAAGUUUGAUGACAAAGUCAUCAAGACGAACCCGAUCACAACCUUUUCGACCUCUUGGAGCAAGUUUUGGGCGGUCACGCCUCUUCAGGAGGAAGGAGAGGACUUGAGACUCAACGAUAAGGAUAACGGAAUGACCACGGGCGGCAUAGCCGGAAUUGCAGUUGGAUCGGUUGCGGUCCUUGUUGCGGUAUCUUGGCUACUUCGUCGUCUGAAAAAGAAGAGGCAGGGACCAGAGGCACCGCCUGAUUACGUUGAUAAAGCAGUGCUGUGGUUCAACGAGAAAAGAGGCAAGAGCCAGAGAAAGCAUAUCGCAAGUGAUACGAGCUCUCUGGAGGACAGUGAUAACGACGAAUACGCAAUGGAACAGAAGCUGAAAGGUGGAUGGGGUCCUAAGGAGCUGGACGGAGGCCACUUACCUUCCGAGAUGGGGGGACCACAUUACGAAGCGAAGGAAUUAGAUUCGAGAGAAAAGCCCGCAGAAAUGGGCGUACCACGAGAUCAUGCCGAAGAGCUGGACUCGAAAGUGAUACCUGCGGAAAUGGAAACGCCCGUAUCAUCGUACACAUACGCACGAACGCCUGCAAGCUCUCGCUCGAGGAGAUACGAGUCGCCGAACGACAGUGCUGUAUAUGAAUUACCCGCCAGUACAUACAUGUAUCGCAUGGAAAGAAGGAAAUGA